AUGAUUCUCAGCACCACGCUCUUCACGACAGUUUCUACACUCAUGAUCCUACAAGUAUUAAGCGGCUUGAGAAAGCGCCGAGUUCUGAAAAGAUAUCGAAGCAGCCAUUCAUCCAGCGCCAUGAACUUCCUCCAAAUGUCAAACACGGUCGCUCUCGACUACGCCCGAAACAUCCUCUUCAAAAAAGUCGACAAAAUCACCGUCGGAGCAGCAAUCCUGCACAAGAGCAAACGAAGCAUUCUAAUGCUCAAGCGCGCCGCACACGAGACUUACUAUCCCAAUGUGUUCGAACUACCAGGCGGUAAAAUCGACGGUGCGGAAAAGAUACAUGACGCUAUUGUCCGAGAAGUCAAAGAGGAGACGGGUCUUACUGUUACGAAAGUCAUCGCUUCGUCGGAGCCUUUUACUUAUUUUACGGAAAAGACUGUUGAUGAGAAGAUUAUAUUGAGGACUACUUUGCAGUUGAGCUAUGUGGUGGAAGUGAAGGAGGAUGGGGAUGGUUUUGUUGUUGAUUUGGAGGAGCAUUCCGAGGGAAGAUGGGUUGAGGCUGAUGAAGCUGAUGGGGUAGUCAUGGCGGGGGAGAUGAAGAAUCUUGUUUUGCAGGCUUUGCAAAUGGAAUAA